CCAAUCUCUGCCAUCAAUGCGCAGGUUUAUCGGAUGCUGGGUCCAUUUCACCCGUGUCCCCACCCGGCCUAGUACAUAUAUCAUACCCGAUUGGGUAACGCGCCGGAUCGGAAGCUCACUUCUUCAAGCUGCGCCAGUUCUGGCUGGCCUGCUCCGGUCCCAGCUGUGUAGUCUCAUCUUGCCAACCUUUGUGAUCAACACAAAAAUUAACAAAACUUUGGCCAUCCUGAUAUCGGAAACCAUCUCAUCAGCAUGCCCACUAACACAGUCUCUGCUGCACGCUGUACCAUCAAACUCAUCACACCAUCAUCAUCAUCAGCAUCAACAAAACCGACCAAAACAGCUUGCCAAGAGUACUCUCAGCAGUCCAUCACAGACCCCAUAACAGGCGCAUUUAAAGAGAUCGUCACAAUCGAAUCUAAGCAAUCAAGCCGAUUCCAAAUCAGCUUCCAAGUCCACCACACCGCAUAUGACUUACUGGAGAGAACUAAACCAAGCCGCUCUAGUAGGUCCACUGCGACUGGGAAACCGCUGAAAUCGAGUGACUACGUUGUCGAUUUCUUCUUGGAUGGGAUUAGUAUCGGAGCUUAUCAUCAACACCAUACCCAAACGGCCCGUCGACACACAAUCAGCGCGUUUCCAUCAUCCAACAUAACCGCCCGUCCACUCCAAUUCGCGCCUCUCCACCUCGUCGAUCCCGACGACUAUCCCCAAGACCUGACGGGGGUCGAAUCACCUGCUGAGCAAGUCUGUCAGGACGAGGAGAUCAUUCGUUCGCUCGGCACCAUCGAAGUCAAGAUCACCCGCUGUGAGCUCUCCUUGAAGGAAAGACGCUCGAACCGCAAGCGUAUCCGUUUGAGGCCAACGAGCAACGAUAUGAUGUUCUCCGAGUCCAUCAAGAAAGCCCGGCUUUCAAGCACCGCCGGCUUAGGUCAGCCCACCUUUUAUGAGCGCGAGAACGAUCGAAUAAGUUACCGGGUCAGGUGCCAAGAUCCCAAUCCAUUUUUACACUUUAUCUUUAAGUACAAACCGCGCUCAGUUUUGAUUGCCGAAGGAAUCCUUCCACCUCCCAUCAUACCGCCAGAACUUGCGGUAGAAGGCGCCAGCACGAGCACAAAACAGAAGCCUGACCGGAAAUCGAGCGGCACUGAAACCCGGAUCACGAUUGCAUCGGACCCUGAAUCAGAGAAAGAAGAGAGCAGAGUAAUCAAGAAAGAGAAGCGUGAGAAGAAAGCCGGGUGCAAAAGAGAGGAAUCGAAUGGUCGAUCUGGGCCUAAAGAUGAUUGUAAGAAACGAGGAACUGGGGGGGAGCGGAAUGGCCAGAUCGAUCAGAACCGUCGUCCGGUGUCGCCGCAGACCGACCGAAAACCUGAGCUCAUCAGACCACACAAGAUAUCAAACCAUCAAAACCAAUGUUCAUCGAUUUAACUUUGUAACACUAUAAUGUACUAGUCCUCGAGUUGCAAUAUUCUUUGUAUUGUUGAUGUAUACAUACAUUGCAUCUUCCUCUUUCUGUUGUGCUCCUUUGGAUCUGGAUGUAAAUGAUUGUCCAUUGCUCUUUGUCCCUCUUCCCUGGUUGGUCCCUUUGUCCCAGUUGACCGCUCAAGGGCGCAACAAUCCUCAACCCGGCAAGGGUAGAAUGACUAGCUAGACAAUUCUUUGACCAAUCCACCCCGCUACUGGUUGAGACUUGACAAAGAGAGAACAGAUCUGUGCUGGUGAUGCUGGGUGAUCAGAGACACUUGAUCGUUUCGAAACCCUUCUGCGGCCAAGUUCUCGACUUCGAUCCUAGUCUGUCCGCCUAAACGUUAGCUACCCAAGACACUUCUACUUCAUAUCGAGCGUUCCGACAAUCACCUUCC